AUGCGCAAAUGUGAGCGCCAUAAGAUGUCGGCAUGGCAUCCCAGCCUACCCGGGCACGGUACUGGUGCCGAAGCAGUACAGAGACAAGUAAACAAGGCUGGAGUAAUGCGACUCGACCGUUUUAUGUCGAGGGAAAAGUUGGCGGAAAUGGUUUCGUUGCCAGGCUUCACUGGCAACUGGCGCGGAGAGUCUUGGUUUGUGCGAAAAGGUCCUCCCUUGUCUUAG